AUGAGCACUGUGGAGAAAGUUAACAAAGAUGAAGCUGAAGAGAAUAGCAACACUUCAGUGUACAGCCAUGUGUCUCCUUUCAGCGCUGUGGAGAAAGUUAACGAAGAUGUUCCUAAAGCUGAAGAAAACAGCAACACUUCAGUGUACAGCUGGCACAGCUGUGUUUCUACCCUCAACACUGUGCAGGAGGCUGAUGCUCCCAGACAAGAGCAAGAGGACAUCAACGUGGCACUCAAAUAUGUGGCGAAGGAAGAAUGCUAUGAAAGUGAGCGACUUGGUCUAUUUGGCAAAUCGCUUCCAAAUGAGGUCGCUAUGAUGAUUCAGGUGAGCAAAGGCCCCAGCGUUCCUCAAAUAAUAAAGCUGCUGGACUGGUAUGAGACACGGAAGGAAUACAUACUGGUCAUAGAGCGGCCCACGCCUUGCAAAGAUCUGCGGAAGUAUUUAGUGCAGAAUGAUGGCAGAAUCAGUGAGUCAAAAGCACGAGCUGUGAUGCAUCAAGUUGUUACUGCUGAAAGAAUAUGUUUUGAAAGGGGAGUCUUCCACAGCGACAUCAAGCUUGAAAACCUGCUAAUCAACGAGAACAGCUUACAGGUCAAAUUAAUCGACUUCGGUGUUAGUAGAAGCUUGAAGACGUUUGGUUAUACGAGGUACAAUGGCACAAAACUUUACGCUCCCCCUGAGGCUUUCCACAGAAGAUGGAGGUACCACGCCAAGCCGGCAACAGUAUAUUCUUUAGGUGUACUGUUGUUCGUGUUGCUGUUUGGGAAGUACCCUUACAAGGUGAAACCUGAGGCCCUUGCCAACAUCUUGAAAGAAGCAGAAAUUUCCAAAGGAAUUUAA